AUGAAUAAUACUGGACCGCUGUCACCAGGAGCUCCAGUUUUAACUCCCUUGGAAAGUAACAUUGCACUUUAUGGCUAUACUCUCCUCUAUAUUAUUGGCAUUUUUGGUCAUACGAACAGUUUUCUCAUCUUUCUUCGACCUACUCUUCGUCGUGUGUCGACUAGUUGCUUAUUCGUUGCGCUCACGUUUUCUGAUUCCAUCUAUUUUUUGGUCAGUAUCUAUAAUUUUAUUAAUAUUGGCUUGAAAGAACCGGAUAGAUCAGCAGACCCAUCGGCUACAUGUCGUCUUCGCACAUUUGUUCAAUCAACAUUCAUGUUUUGUAAUGCAUGGUUACUCGUGACCAUUGCAGUUGAUCGAUGGGCCCGCGUACGAUUUCCGCUCAAAUCAAAAGAAGUUUGUACACGAAGAAAUGCACUCGUGGCUACAGUAGGCAUACUGAUGGUUGCUAUUGGUUUGAAUAGUCCUUUUGUUGUACCUCAACUAUUCGGACGGUUACCAGCAGGUAUCAUGACAGUAUGUGGUGCCAACAUGGCUGAUCAUGCUUAUUUUCAAUUUUUUCGUCAUAUUUGGCCUAUUCUCUUCUCAUGCAUUCAAACUUUUCUUCCUGUUAUUCUUCUACUCAUGUUUUCUUUGGAUACAUUUCGACGUUUGGCUAAGCAAUCCGCUAUUCAAGGCGAGACGCGUGCUCGUACUCGUCGUGCCUAUCUUGACAAACAAAUCCUGUUAAUUAUGCUUACGACUAUAAUAUUAUUUUUGAUCACUAGUCUACCUGUGAGCUUGUACAAUAUCUUACAGCCAACUAUACUUCCUUCCCUAAUGACACAAUCGCAACAGUUAGAACUGUUUUCCAUAUUCACAUUUGUUGUUACCACCAACUAUACGAUCAAUUUCUAUUUACACUGUUUGACAAGUACUCUUUUUCGUCAAGAACUCAUACAGGCGAUGAAAUGUGGUCGAAAGAGUGGGCAAGUAGUACCAACGACCGCAUCCAUUCAGAUGACGAAUCCACUACCCACAUUAAGACAAGUAUGCACUGGAGGAGUAAAGAAGUGA